AUGCCCGUCGCCCCCGCGGCACUGCGUUCCUGCCGAGCACCUCCUGCUCCGCGCGGCUGCUGCCCGAACCCGUGCUGGCUCCGCCCCGCGCGCUCGCGCUGCUGCAGGCCGCUGCGCAACCCGUGCGUUCGCGCGCUGCUGCGGGUCACCGCUCCGCCUCCUGUCGCGCGCGCGCCUCGCCUCUUCGCCCGGUUGCCUGCGUCGUGGCCGCCUGCUGGCUUCGGCCUGCCGCCCAGCCCGACUACGGCCGCAUCCCGGCCCGGCCGCCUUCCGCAACGUGGCCGCCUCUACGGCCUUGCGCCUCCCGGCGUCGUGCGCCUCCGCGCUUGGCCUUCACGCCACCCCGCCGUGCUCGGCCGGGCGCGCCCGUCCGCGCGCCCUGCGUCGCGCCGGCCUCCCGCGCCGGGUCCAGGCCCCUCCCGCGUCGCCCGGCCCCGCCAGCUUCGCCCUGGCCGCAUCCGGUGCCGGCUGACCGGCUCCCGGUCGCCUCCGCUGCCGGCCUUCGCGCCCCCGGCUGCUGCUGUGCCGCCUCCACCUCUGCCCGCGUUCCCCCGCCAGCGCAUCUGCCUCGCUCUGCUACGCGCGCCGACUCCCGCGCCCCGAGCUCGGCCUCCCGUCGCCGGCGCCGCUUGGCUUCGCUUCCGACCUCUUCGCGCCGGCUCCUCCCCGCCGGGUGCUCCGCGCCGGGUCCCCUGCACCGGCUCCGGCUUCCCGCAACCCGGCCGGCUAGCUCCCGCGCCCUGGCUCCCCCGUGCCGCUGCAUCACCACCGCCUGCGCCGCGUCCGCGCCCGGUCGCUGAGUUAUCGCGCCCGACCACUCCACCCGCGCACGCCACCGGCCGGCCUCUGACGCGCCCUCCGCCUCCUCCGUCUCCGGGUGGCUGGCUCGCCGCUCCUCCUCCGCCCGCGCCGGAUCUUUAG